AUGCUGUUGAAAACCAUUAUCCUAAUAUUUGGGCUCACAGCUUGUGCAGCUGUGCCGUCCAGUAUCGUCCGCCCAUGCGACUCGAUACCCUGCAUAGCGCGACACCUGGCGUCGCAGUCGGCCUGCAACCCGAACGUGCGCGGCUCCGUGCCGAGCGAGUACACCAUCCGCAACUUCCGCUUCGACACGCCCUACUUCAACGCGACCUACAUCGACAACGACCUGGUCAUCAGAAACCAUGACAAGUGCUUCGUGUCCGAGUUUUAUUACAACGUAGCCACUCAGAAGGCAGUGCUCAGCUUGGACUGUCCGCUGCUGGAGUUCCAGUCCACCCGCACCGUCGUGCAGCACUACUCGCUGCGGGAAGAUCUCACUUACAACUACAGCUACCACGGCACCUACCCCAUGGUUCGUCUGACGUCAACCAUGCCGCUGACGCAGCCGUUUGACAUGUGCCGCGCGUUCACCUUCGCUGACGUCACCGCGCUGCCGCGAUACCACAUCAACGUCAACAAUAAGAGAACGGCGAAUUUCCUCUCAAGAGACGAAACUUUCCUUAACAUCUUCGAAAGAGAAACUUUCUUUUGGCGAGGCCGCCAACUAGCGCGGUUCUUCAUCAACUCUCUCAUUUGCGACUUUGGAUGCGACUUCUAG